AUGACAGAACUUGGUAUCCAUUUUGGAAAGAUUGCCAAAGUGGUUGGAUGCCACCCGGACAAUGACGACACUAUUGACGUACAACUUGUUGAUGAUACACAGGUGAUCCGGCAGUGGCCCAGAUAUCUCCUAUCCAGUCUUACGACCAUUCUUGGAGACGAUCAUAUAUGGCGUCACAUCCUCUCCUUUCUGGGACAAGGCACUGGAUCGAGUGCGAGAAGCGCCUUCCGCUUCCAUUGUCAAGUGGCACAAGUCUGCCAACGAUGGAAACGAAUUGCGGAUGACAACCUCCCUUCCAUUGUAGGACCCAUGCAUGUGGAUCUGGUUCCCACUAUGGGAUGCUGGCAAUUGAUGAAUCCCAUCGUCAAGUGGAUAAACCGACAUGAUUUCCAAAUCAGAUCCCUGCGCAUUUCGGAUUCACCCAGACUCGCUGCUACCGUUAUGGAUCUCCUCGAAAAGAAGCACAAAACAAGAGACUUGCGGAAAGUUGAGUUGGUGUAUACCGCACGCCAAGGAAGACCACCACGCCAAGGAAGAACAGAAGACAACGAUGAUAUCACCGAUGCCACUACUUCUAUGAAGCAACUGGAAGAGGCCAUCGUCAACAAAUGCGAUAACAUUGAGACUUUGUCGGUUCGAUUUCUCGACGGCUUUUUCUCGAGGGGAUACAAUCAAAGCCCCAACCCCGCCUUCUUUCAACUCGGCAUUACGCGGCUGGAACUUAUUUGUGACAACGAAUACAGCAUUGAUCCAUGGUUACAGCUUGUUGAAAAGCUGCCUUGCUUGAGGGAAUUGACAAUCCGGUUUAGGCGAUUUCAUACAUUACAAAGACAUCUCGGCCUCCCAAUAGGAGGCCUGAAUGCUAUGAUGAUCAAAUCAGAGACGUUGGUUUCGAUCGACGUGUCUACAUUGGAUGUGUGGACCUUUUGUGACUGUCCCCAAUUGGAGCGGUUCCGCUCCUCGCGAUCACUCCCUGAGGAUCUCUCCGAACAACAAUUCAACCAAAUUCGGCUACUUGGCAACCUGGAAGUGUUGGCCGAGUCCAUGCCCUUUCUCGGUAUUUCUGUACCGCCGUCAUGUCACCUUGAGACCGCUGUCUUAAAUUUGUUUAUGGGCUAUGACGAGUAUUCUGAACGCUUAAACACACUGAGAAACAUGUAUUUUGAAGAAUGA